UUUGUGAAAUGAUUUGUGAAAAAGUCAAUGAACAAUAUGCUACAAAUUUUACUUUGAACCAAGUCCGUCAACAUUUGAAAGACGAGUUACAAGUAAAAAUACCACAAAAUAGAGGUGAACCCUUCACUAAGGAGAUUGACAAUUCUAUUAAAGAAUCUAUGGAAAAGUUUGCUCAAUCAUCCAACCCAUAUGUGAAGGUUAGCGAUAAUAUUAAUAAACUAUAUGAUACGAACUAUACCUCAAAACAAAUUCGUCAACGUUGGAUAAGUAAACUCAAUACAGAUCGUAAGUAUAACUUCACAUUUUCUUUUAAUGUUAUUCUUUUUAAUUUGAUUUGACGAAAUUUUUUUUCAAAUGAAUAUUCUUCUUCUCUAUCUCCACUGAACAUUAUUUUUCUAGUUUGUCAUGAUUCUCUUAGUGAGGUUGAAAAAUCAUUUAUCGUCCAAUGGGUUGAAAGUAAACCACAAGGGGAUACAAUACCUUGGAAAGAAUUAAUUCCCUUGAUGGAAACAAAAUUCGAGAAAUUGCGCUCCGAAAAUAUGGUAAAAAAUUUCUGGAACCUACGAAAAAGAACUCAAGCAAGUACUGAAUCGAAAUCGGAAACCGAUAAUACUUUUGAAUAUGAAAAUGAAAAGUAUAUCAAAUCUUCACCACCAAAUGGAGAUUCGAAUGCAAGACCGAUGGAUACUUCACCCAAAAGUGAAGAGAAUAUCAUUCAUUCACCUCCUUUAAACGCAAUAUCGAUGGAAACUU